CGUGCUCUGCGGCGGAAAGGCCGAGUCGACAAUAACAAACCCCACGGCGGCAGCGACCCAGCCCUGCCAAGCUCCCAGUGCCUCGGCGCCGCGCGCGGAGCCGAGGGGCCGGAGCACCGGCUGCGCUCGACUCCCAUCCCGCCGGAUCUCCGGGCCUCGCCGGGUACUCGGCGGCCGGGCGCCGACAGUUGUGUCGGUUGGCGGCGCCGCAGGGGCGGUUGGUAGCCGCCGCCGAGGCCAGGGCGGCGGCAGAAGAUGGUGCGGGGGGCCGCCGGCUGUGUUGCUGCCGCGGGCGGAGGAGGCGCUGCCGGUUCUCUGAGUUUCACCAGUAAUGCCACUCAGUUGCCAAUAUCAAGCAAACACAUAUAAGACACUUGUAAUCUUUUAAGAAAAGUAGUAGUUCUCUUCACAGUAUCUGGUGGAACCAUAUUGGAGGGUGAGGUAUCAGAUUCCAGAAAGAUCAUCAUGAAGUUAUAUGUGUUUCUGGUUAACACUGGAACCACGCUGACAUUUGACACUGAGCUAACUGUGCAAACUGUGGCUGAUCUUAAGCAUGCUAUUCAAAGCAAAUACAAGAUUGCUAUUCAGCACCAGGUGCUAGUGGUCAAUGGAGGAGAAUGCAUGGCUGCAGAUAGAAGAGUGUGUACUUACAGCGCUGGGACGGACACAAAUCCAAUUUUCCUUUUUAAUAAAGAAAUGAUCUUAUGUGACCGUGCACCUGCUAUUCCUAAAACUACCUUUUCAACAGAAAAUGACAUGGAAAUAAAAGUUGAAGAGUCUCUUAUGAUGCCUGCAGUUUUUCACACUGUUGCUUCAAGGACACAGCUUGCAGUGGAAAUGUAUGAAGUCGCCAAGAAGCUUUGCUCUUUCUGUGAAGGACUUGUCCAUGAUGAGCAUCUUCAGCACCAAGGCUGGGCUGCAAUCAUGGCCAAUCUGGAGGACUGUUCAAAUUCAUACCAAAAACUUCUUUUCAAGUUUGAAACUAUUUAUUCGGAUUAUCUUCAAUCCAUAGAAGACAUCAAGCUAAAACUUACUCAUUUAGGAACUGCGGUUUCAGUAAUGGCCAAGAUUCCACUGUUGGAGUGCCUAACCAGACAUAGUUACAGGGAAUGUUUGGGAAGACUGGAUUCUUUAAAUGAACAUGAAGGCUCAGAGAAAGCUGAGAUGAAAAGAUCUACUGAACUGGUGCUCUGUCCUGAUAUGCCUAGAACAACUAACACAUCCUUGUUAACCUCAUUUCACAAGUCAAUGGAGCAUGUAGCUCCAGAUCCCACCGAUGCUGAACGUGGCAAAGAACUUAGGGAAUCUUGUCAAAGUACUGUCCAGCAAGAAGAAGCUUCAGUAGAUGCUAAAGACAGUGAUCUGCCUUUUUUUAAUGUUUCUUUGUUAGACUGGAUUAAUGUUCAAGAUAGACCUAAUGAUGUGGAAUCUCUGGUCAGGAAGUGCUUUGAUUCUAUGAGCAGGCUUGACCCAAAGAUUAUUCAACCGUUUAUGUUAGAAUGCCAUCAAACUAUUGCCAAACUUGAUAAUCAGAAUAUGAAAGCCAUUAAAGGGCUUGAAGAUCGGCUGUAUGCCUUGGACCAGAUGAUUGCUAGCUGUAGCCGGCUGGUAAAUGAACAGAAGGAGCUUGCUCAGGGAUUUUUAGCUAAUCAGAUGAGAGCUGAAAACUUGAAGGAUGCAUCUGUGUUGCCUGAUCUGUGCCUGAGUCAUGCAAAUCAGCUAAUGAUUAUGUUGCAAAACCACAGAAAACUGUUGGAUAUUAAACAGAAGUGUACCACUGCCAAACAAGAGCUAGCAAACAAUCUCCAUGUCAGACUGAAGUGGUGUUGUUUUGUGAUGCUUCAUGCUGAUCAAGAUGGAGAAAAACUACAAGCACUGCUCCGCCUUGUAAUAGAGCUGUUAGAAAGAGUCAGGAUUGUUGAGACUCUUAGCACAGUCCCUCAGAUGUAUUGCCUAGCUGUUGUUGAGGUUGUAAGGAGAAAAAUGUUCAUUAAACACUACAGAGAGUGGGCUGGUGCUUUAGUCAAAGAUGGAAAACAAUUAUAUGAAGCUGAAAAGUCAAAAAGGGAAUCCUUUGGGAAAUUAUUUAGGAAGUCCUUUUUAAGAAAUCGUCUGUUUAAGGGACUGGACUCCUGGCCUUCCUCAUUUUGUACUCAGAAGCCUCGAAAAUUUGACUGUGAACUUCCAGAUAUAUCAUUAAAAGAUUUACAGUUUCUUCAAUCAUUUUGUCCUUCAGAAGUGCAGCCAUUCCUCAGGGUUCCCUUACUUUGUGACUUUGAACCUCUGCACCAGCAUGUACUUGCCCUGCACAGUUUGGUGAAAGCAGCACAAAGUGUGGAUGAGAUGUCACAGACCAUUACAGACCUACUGAGUGAACAAAAGGCGUCCACAGGCCAGGCAUCCCCACACUCAGCUGCUUCUCCAAGAAUAGAAAGUACAACGGCCAUUACAACUACUACCUCACCAAAAACUCCCCCUCCACUAACUGUUCAGGAUACCUUAUGUCCGGCAGUGUGUCCCUUAGAAGAAUUAUCUCCAGAUAGCAUUGAUGCUCAUACUUUUGAUUUUGAAACCAUCUCCCAUCCAAACACAGAACAAACUGUUCACCAAGCUUCUAUAGACUUGGAUUCAUUAGCAGAAAGCCCUGAAUCUGACUUUAUGUCUGCUGUGAAUGAGUUUGUGAUAGAAGAAAAUUUAUCAUCUCCAAACCCUAUAAGUGAUCCACAAAGUCCAGAAAUGAUGGUGGAGUCACUUUACUCUUCAGUCAUCAAUGCAAUAGAUAGUAGGCGCAUGCAAGACACAAGUACGCGUGGAAACGAGGGCUUUGGGGAUCGGGCUGCUCUACAUGUCCAGCUGGAGAAAUGCAGAGUUGCUGCCCAAGACUCUCACAUUAGUAUACAAACCAUCAAGGAUGAUCUGUGCUACUUUAGAACAUUUGUACAAAAAGAACAGUGUGACUUAUCAAAUUAUUUAAAAUGUACAGCUGUAGAAAUAAGAAAUAUUAUUGAAAAAGUAAAAUGUUCCCUAGAAAUAACACUAAAGGAAAAGCACCAGCAAGAACUCCAAUCUUUAAAAAUUGAGUAUGAAUGCAAACUUGAUGCGCUAGCAAAAGACAGUGAAGAAAAUGUAAAUAAAAUUUUAAAAUUGAAAGAAGAUUUAGUAUCCCUGGAAGGGGCUUUACAAAAUAAAGACAAUGAAUUCACUUUGAUUAAACAUGAAAAGGAUGCGAUUGUCUGCAUGCAGCAAGAAAAGGAUCAGAAGUUGUUGGAGAUGGAAAAUAUAAUGCAUACUCAAAAUUGUGAAAUUAAAGAACUGAAACAGUCACGAGAGGUGGUGUUAGAAGAUCUGAAAAAGCUGCAUGAUGAAAAAAUAGAGUCAUUGAGAGCUGAAUUUCAGAGUUUAGAACAAAAUCACCUGAAGGAAUUAGAGGACACACUGCACAUCAGGCACACACAGGAGUUUGAGAAAGUUAUGACAGACCACAACAUGUCUUUGGAGAAUUUAAGAAAGGAAAAUCAGCAAAGAAUUGACGAGAUGCUAGAAUCUCAUGCCUCAACUAUUCAGGAAAAAGAGCAGCAGCUGCAGGAAUUUAAACUCAAAGUUUCUGACUUGUCAGAUAUGAGAUGUAAGUUAGAGGUUGAACUUGCACUAAAGGAAGCAGAAACAGAUGAGAUAAAGAUCUUGUUGGAAGAGAGCAGAACACAGCAGAAGGAAGUGUUGAAGUCUUUACUUGAACAAGAGACUGAAAAUUUAAGAACAGAAAUAAGUAAACUAAACCAAAAAAUUCAUGAUAAUAAUGAGAGUUAUCAGGUGGGUUUGUCAGAGUUAAGAGCUUUAAUGACAAUUGAAAAAGAUCAGUGCAUUUCAGAGUUAAUCAGUAGACACGAAGAAGAAUCUAAUAUACUUAAGGCUGAAUUAGACAAUGUUAUGUCUUUGCAUCACCAAGCAUUUGAAAUAGAAAAAAAACUGAAAGAACAAAUAGUUGAAUUGCAGACUAAAUUGAAGUCAGAACUGAGUGCUCUUGAAAAACAAAAAGAUGAAAAAAUAACCCAACAAGAAGAGAAGUAUGAAGCACUUAUCCAGAACCUUGAGAAAGACAAGGAGAGAUUGGUCAUGAACCACGAGCAAGACAAAGAACAAUUAAUUCAGAAGCUUAAUUUUGAAAAAGAUAAAGCUGUUCAAACUGCACUAGAUGAAUUUAAGUUGGAAAGAGAACUUGUUGAGAAAGAGUUAUUAGAAAAAGUUAAACAUCUUGAGACUCAAAUAGCCAAAAGUCCUGCCUUUGAGUCAGCCAGAGAAGAUUCUUCAAGCUUAAUUGCUGAACUUCAAGAGAAACUUCAAGAAGAAAAAGCUAAGUUUCUGGAACAACUUGAAGAACAAGAGAAAAGAAAGAAUGAAGAAAUGCAAAAUGUCAGAAGCUCUUUGAUUGCUGAGCAGCAGACCAACUUUAACACAGUCUUAACAAGAGAGAAAAUGAGGAAGGAAAACAUCAUAAAUGAUCUUAGUGAUAAGCUAAAAAGUACGAUGCAGCAGCAAGAGCGGGAUAAAGAUUUGAUAGAGUCGCUUUCUGAGGACCGAGCUCGUUUGCUUGAAGAGAAGAAGAAGCUUGAAGAGGAAGUGAGUAAACUACGCACUAGCAGUUUUCUUCCCUCAGCACCUGUGGUUACAGCCCCAGAGCUGUAUGGUGCUUGUGCACCUGAGCUCCCAGGUGAGCCAGAGAGAUCAGUCAUGGAGACAGCAGAUGAAGGAAGAGUGGAUUCAGCAAUGGAGACAAGCAUGAUGUCUGUCCAAGAAAAUAUGCUAUCUGAAGAGAAACAAAGGAUCAUGCUCCUAGAACGGACAUUGCAGUUGAAAGAAGAAGAAAACAAGCGGUUAAAUCAAAGACUGAUGUCACAGAGUUUGUCCUCAGUAUCUUCAAGGCAUUCUGAAAAAAUAGCCAUUAGAGAUUUUCAGGUGGGAGAUUUGGUUCUCAUCAUCCUAGAUGAGCGGCAUGACAAUUAUGUGUUGUUUACUGUUAGUCCUACUUUAUAUUUUCUGCAUUCAGAGUCUCUUCCUGCACUGGAUCUCAAACCAGGUGAGGGAGCUUCAGGUGCAUCUAGAAGACCCUGGGUCCUUGGGAAAGUAAUGGAAAAGGAAUACUGUCAAGCCAAAAAGGCACAAAACAGAUUUAAAGUUCCUUUAGGGACAAAGUUUUACAGAGUGAAAGCUGUGUCAUGGAAUAAGAAAGUAUAGCCACAGAAGAAAUCUCUACAUCUCAUACCAUUUUCUGAUUUGUCCUCCGUUGCUGAUAAACCACUCCAAAAACAAGUGGCCAUCCUUUUUUACAGAAGUCAACAUAACGAUAUACUUCAUUGGUGGACUGUACUUACCUUUUAAGUCGCUACAUCUUAGGCACAAUAAAUUUAUUAAAAUUCUUGGCUGAAUUGAAAUGGUUUUGUUUUAUUUCCACCCAAAUAACUAGAAAUGCGGACCAAAGUAGAUGUUUUCCAAGGGCAGAGCCUGCACUGUGGCUUGUGACUAGCCUCAUUAAUUGCCUGUUAAUAAACAUUAGCUGAAUCGUUACCAGUGUUGCUACCAGCAUUUGUCCUCUUGUGAAUCAAGAGUCCUUGCACUCUUUAACAUGUUCUUUAUAAAAUGUAUAAAUCCUUCCAAACUAUUUAAAGAGGAGUGUUAUUGCAUGCAGAUAAUCGUAAUUUUCAGUUUGCCUCAGAAGACUGCUAAAGCAAAUUUGUUCAUUUUUUUAAAAUUGCCCUUUAAUGUUUCAAAAAAAAUAACAGUGUAAUUUGACUGACUUUAAGAUCAGCCAUAAAUAAUGAGUAAUCUUUAAAAGCACUUUUCACACCGAUCAUCUGGGCUCCAGGGAGGAAGAGUCCGUACCACUGUCUUUUCAAGUGCAGGACUCAAGUCUCUCAGCAUCUUAGGACUGUUUCAAUAAAAUCAUAUCGAUGAACUCGCAAUUCAUGGGUGAGCUUCAGAAGAGGAGAUGCAUUGUAUAUAUAGUAACACUUAGAGGUCAUUUAAAUAACAAAAGCCUGUAUUGUAAAGGACCUGUACAAUUUUAAGACAAUAAACAAUUGAAAAUGUAAAUGUGUGUGCCUUUUAAAGGUUACAUUUUUAAUAUAUUGCGUGAUUGCUAGGAAAGGUGAAAAAUGUUCUGUAUCAAAGAGAAACAUGUUUAUUAAAAAUAUGUUGUUUGUAUCCUAUGUAACAGGGUGAAGUGGUGUUCUGUGGAACAGAACCAUGUAAACGCAAGGUUUAGAAGCCGGCACUGAACAAAGAUGUUGAAGUAGCUAGGCUAGUUGAUUGGAAAGAGUUUCUUCAGGGUUGUUGUUAGGGAACAAUAAUAAAAUGAUUCUUUUUCAGAAAUAUUUAAUUUCUUCAUAAAAAUAAGUUGGAUAUUUUUAUAAAUGUGUAAUCUAAUAGAAUGAAAAUGGAAUAAACAUCAUAGUGUAUAGAAUACCUAAUUCAGAACCAUAUUAAUGAAUAAACGAACAAAUGAUUUCA